GACACAGAUGGAAACAGGAAAGGUGGUGGUGGAGAGAGUAGGUGGAAAGUCAACUGCUACUCGUUGCUACUCAAAGUAUCCUCUUAAAUUCAUCAUCCCCAAUAAGGUGGGUCGUUCUCAAACUGACACUGUUUGGAUUUACACUAUCACUUUUGGUGGUGGAAUUGUGUCGGGUGAUUCUAUAAAGUGUGAUAUUUCAGUUGGUGAUGGGUGCACCACAGUGUUGACCACUCAAGCUUCAACAAAGGUCUACAAAUCUGUGGAAUCAAAGUUCUCUGAACAAGUCCUGGAGGCAAGAAUUGGAAGUGAUGCACUUUUGGCUGUGAUUCCAGAUCCAGUUACAUGCUUUUCAACUGCAAAGUAUUCUCAAACUCAAGUAUUCAAAGUCUUUCCCAGCUCCAGCUUGCUCAUUGUUGAUUGGAUAACUAGUGGCCGUUAUGGAAGAGGUGAAAAAUGGGACUUUGAACUUUACAAGAGCACUAACAACAUUUUUCUGGAAGCUGAUGAGCCUUUGUUUCUUGACACGAUAUUGCUAGAGCAGGGAAGGUAUAGCAGUAUUGCUGAACGGAUGCAAGAUUAUCAAGUAAUUGCGAUGGUUAUACUUUUGGGGCCAAAGCUGAAGUUCAUUCAAGACCAAAUUCAGGAAAAUGUGAAAAACUUGAUGUCUCGGCAAUUUCGUAUUCCUUCAGGUAGCUCUGGACGAUAUGGAGAUAUCAAUGACAAUCCUUUCUUGACCAGACCCAGCUUUUUGGCCUCCUGCAGCGUCUUUGGUCAAAAGGUAGAUUUUUUUCACAUGGGUGUUAGUUUUCUUGCAAUGGUACGCUCUUUUUACAGUCAAUAUUCGUUAGGUUCUGUUCCAAGAAAAUUUUAUUUUAGUGCUUGUUUAAUACCACUGACUAAUCUGCAAGGCUUUAUAUCUACAAUUGCAGUUAGGGUCUUCUACUAGUCGUGUCAUAUAUGCUUGAAGAUCCUCAUGGAAUUUUUAAUGUCUCUGGAUAGCUCUUUGAGAAUCUUUUACUAAUCAGUGGGUUACACGACAUGGGCAAGUAUAUUACAUGAUUUUGCUAUUAGGCAUUGUGGUAUUUUUUUUCCUUUUAUAUGUUAAUCUUUCAUGGAUCAUCGUAUGCCUUGUGGAAGCUUGAUUAAUGUAUAGCCUAAAUCUGCCUCGUCAAAAUUCUGCUUGUCUCCAUUACAUGCAUAGAUGGUUAGACUUGAAGAUUGACAAGCUUUCCACCUUGCAGUCAUGCUUUCUCUUGAACUCCUUAUUGUAAAAAAUGCUUCUUUUCUUAAACUGAUGUAACAUUUUCUGUAAGAAUGUUUGGCAUAGCUUUCGAAAUUUCUACGGCCUCUAUUCUGACAUUGAUGUAGUGAAAAUUCCAUCUCUGCAUUGUCAAGUCAGGGAAAUUUUAGCAUUUGUACAAAUUGUUUCAUAAGGCAAAUUUUGUUUAACUAAAUAUACGUGUUACAUUCUUCAUUUGAAGACAUGCCAACUCCUC